CCUUUAUGUCAUUUUGUCAUAAGGGCAAAAUGCUUAAAAUGUUUUUCCUUAAACCACUCCCAGUUGUCCUGGGUGGUGUUUAAGCCCAGGAUGCAGCAAUGGUGCCCCUCCAAAAUUGUAUAGGGGGAAUUGUUUUGGUGGAAAUGUGCAUGCACGGAAGUGAAACUUAACAUUAAAAUCAAGCAGGGUAAUCUGCAUCCAAAUCUUCAGCAUUACCGAUCAUUUUCAGCAUAGACAUAGGUUGCUGUUUGGAAGUAGAUUAUGUUGUUUUUCUGCACUGAAAAUGUUUUUUUUUUUUUAAAGAUAACAGGUUACAGGUAGUGGCAAGGGAGGAGAAAGCCUCAUAAAUGUGUAAUGUACAUGACAGGCCAACAGGCAAAGCUUGCUUUCGGUGAGUGAGACUGUUAUAAUUUGACUAUAAACUUUAUUUGAGAUAGUGGACUAUAUUUGACUCUGAAAUGACGUGCAGAGAUAGAUCUGGCUAUUCUUUAUAUCCUGUUGCCCCUGGUUUUCUCAUGUGGUGAGCAAUCAUUUUGCGACAGCUUUAACCAUGAUGUUAUUUCAAAUAGACCAAAAUAAUUACUUGAUGUAACUUUAGUUCCAUGAGCGCAGACAAACUAGAGCAAUGGAAGGAGCCUAACUGAUUGCUGUGUUGCUGUUUGCUGUGAUAGCCUAGGUGGUUAAUUUUAUGUUGUUGAUGAUGAUGUUUGAAAGGACAAGGCUGCUACUUGAACAAGACAAAGAGAGGGCAGUGUAGCGUAACCGCUGUAGUAGUAAUGUUUGCACUCGUUAAUAAAGGAGCACCAUCCUCAGUUUGUCUGAGGAAAUUAAUAAUUUAAACAAAAUCUCAAGGAGACUCUGAUUUAAAAAAAGUUGAUCAGUCUGAUAUCUGAAAGUCUAGUAUUCUGAUUAAGUGGACUUCAGUUCCCACACAAAGAAAUGCACAAGACCGUGAAUUGGUCUAAAUGGAAACCAUUUAUUAACUAUUCUACUAAGACAAUACAGGUGAGCUAUGUACAGUGAGAAGUAUGAUGUGUGUGUGUGUGUGUGUGUGUGUGUGUGUGUGUUGAAUGUGGGGAAUCUGAUUCAAGGAAGAGGGUUAUGGUGAAAGAGGAUAGUUAGCGGACGAUCUAACACACUCAGUCGGUAAUUUGGGUUAUGAUCGAUAUGCUGAAGAGUGACUAAAUUUAAAUCAUCAAGUUAUUAAUGACAUCAACCCAAAUCAGGAUCAGAUUAGCGUUUUCCUACUUUUGUGUAGUGCUGUGCUUUUGGAGCCUCCUUUGGCUGGAAAGCGCAUAGCGAGGGAAGCUUGAGUACAGAGUCAAGUGUAACGGAGUAAGAGUAGCGUUUCUUCUUCACAAAUCUACUCAAGUAAAAAGUAUGGCAGAGUAAAACUACUCUCAGAAGUACAAUUUUUUCAAAAAGUUACUCAAGUAAAUGUAACGGAGUAAAUGUUACUCGUUACUACCCACCUCUGCACUUAAUGGAGUUUCUUUACUGGGAAAGGGAAGGUUUCCCAUAAUGUGCAGUGUCCAAAAUGGCAGCGUUAUGUGGCUUUUGGGUCCAUCCUAAAUAAAAAGGAUUUGUUUUCUGGUUUGGCGUCUGCCUUGGCAUUCCAAAGAAGCCAAGUCGUGUCCGCUACAGCAGUAAAAAGUGGUUGUUAUUGUCAUCUCCAAGUUCUACCAAUAAGCAUCAACAAUCAUAUUUUUCAGUGUUGGCUGCCUUUAUCCAGAGUGUAUCUUUAGUAGCUUAAGAGCUGGAGAGAAAUUUUUACCUUGUGGCUGUGGAGGGCAAUUUUCCCUGGAAAUGUAUACUGAAUUGUGGGUGAUAUCCUCUGACAUUAUCAUGUGAUGUUUACAGGCAGGUAACUUUGUUUAGAAAUUACCACAUUAGGUAUAAACAGUUUGUAUAACAACUUCUGGGAAAAUACUGUAGGAAACAUGUCAUAUUGACAGAGCACUCCAAGCAGAGUCACACAAUGCUACUAGAAAAGGGAAGAAACAGGCAGGACAGAAGGAGGAAGGGAAGGGAGGGGAUGGCAAUAGAGUGAGCGAGUCAAAUACCUUGGCUGACAUCAUUUAUUAGCAGAGACAGACGGAGCGCAGCAGCCGAGGGAACUGGAAGAGUGUAGCUGGGAAGUUUUACAUUUUCUGUCUUCACUAGGAAGGAUGACUCAGUCACCAACAAGCAUCCUUGCAAACUUCAGCCAUGAACCAAAACAACACAGAUGACACUUGGUGCCAUUAUGAUCCAAUCGAUUGGACUUUCACUUUGCUUCCAGUGUACAUCCUGAUCAUCAGUGUGCUGGGAAUUAUCCUGAAUGUGUUUGUGUUGAUGAUUUACUGGCUACACAAGACGGCCUGUAACGUGGCUGAGAUCUACUUGAGCAACCUGGCGGCUGCCCACCUCUUUCUGAUGUCUAGUUUACCCUUCUGGGCUGUGAAUGUGCAAAAAAGAUAUGACUGGAACUUGAGUGUAACCCUGUGUAAACUGGUCCCCUUCUCCUUCAGCAUGAAUGCCGACUGCAGCAUCUACAUCCUGGUUCUGGUCAGCAUUGACCGAUAUUUGGCACUGGUGCACCCACUGACCCAUGGAAGAAUGCGGAGCCCAUUUUGUGCCAAACUGGCAUGUGUAGUGGUGUGGGCUGUAUGCUUUCUGUUGAAUGUCCCUGUACUCAUCUACAGGGAAGUUGAACACUACCCUGAGAAGAAUGUCAGCAGAUGCUUUCUUUCUUAUUCAGAUCAAACAGACAAAGUGGUAAGCAUCCUCAAUGUCAUUCUAAAGUUUAUCAUUCCCAUUUUUAUUAUGUCCUUCUGCACUCUCAAAAUUAUUCAAGCUGUCAGAAACAGGUUAAGGAACAGCUAUAGCACUCAGGGAAAGAAGCUGAGGGGCACCGGAGUAGAACUCUUCCUGGCGUUCCUGAUCUGCUGGGUGCCAUUCCAUGUGUUUAAGAUACUAGAUCUGCUGAGUAGAUAUAACAUUGUGGGAGGGUGUGAAGCUCACCUGAGUUUGUUCCAGCAGAUCUCCAUCUUCUUAGCCUUCUCCAAUAGUGUUCUCAACCCCAUUCUCUACGUUUGUGUAGGGAGAAACUUCCGGAGAAAAGUUAAGGAGACCUUCAGUCAGAUAAGUAAUAAGAGAAAAUCAACAUUCAGCCUCGUCUCUACACGUACAAACCUGUCAAGAAGUGUUAAAACUGAGAAUGCCACAAGCUAAGCUGUGGGAUUGUAUUUUUUAAUUUAGGUUGUGUGUUUUCAAGAUUGUAUACAGGGGAACUGGUGAUGUUUUAUACAGACAAAAUAUGAGGUAGUUAUUUCUACACUGUGUUUUUGGAUAAUCUGUAUUUACAGGGUUUAUUUAGCGUUUAGGGUGAAGCAGCAAAAAUGGCACAUUUAUUUGAUCAGAAACAUGAUGUUUGAGGGCUGCCCAUCAGAUACUAUUCACUCUGGUGGGAUUUGAUGCACCUCUUAGAUUGUUUGCUCUUGGUGGAACAUUACAAGUGCUUUAGCUAAGAGGAGCGAGAAUAUUUGUGUUCAAUGACUCAAAGAAUGUAGGACAUCUGUGUUUUUCUGCAACUCUUCUUUAUGUGCCGGGGUUUCUCCCAACACUGAAAUGCUUUUUGAGGCACUGAUGUAUAAAUAAUGGAUGAGAAGAUGUAGGCACACACUCACAAAUAUGUACUCAAGUUUAAGUGUAUCUUCCUUAGCAUAGUCCUGAACUCAUAUCUUUUAGGACAAUACAAAAUUCAGGAGAAAGGACGACUGAAACAUAAAGAUUUAUUGUUUAAAGUCACGUUGGUUUUUUUUUUUAGCUCUUUUCUGUCUAACAUCAACAGAUGGGUAGAAAUCAAGGGUGUGGUCCUUUAAAGGAAGUAAUUGAAUAUGUCUCUAUCUCAAGACAUCCUGCUGACAUUUUAUAUCACUUUAUAGUGUAUUUACCAAAAUCUGCAACUCAACCACAUCAGUUAUCAUGCUUUCAGAUUUAACACAACAGCAACAGUGCUGCAUAAUUAAACAGGGUUACCACACAUGUUUUACAUCACAGAAGUAAUGGACAAAACCUAAGAUAAUGGAAAUAUUGUACCAAAGAAAUGGAGGCAGACUUUGUGUCUCUAUACAUCAUCAGUUACACUCUUGGCACAAGAAGUCAGUGUUGGGAUGUUUCACUCCUGAAUGCAUGUGCAUGUAUUUAAAUAUCAUUCUCUGUAUUGUGACAAAACUGUUAUUGUGACAAAACUGUCUUGUUUUGUGCUUGUACUAUUCAAAGACCAUCCUGUCAUGUUUUAAAACCAUGUAAUAUUUCUUACUUAUGUGUGUGACAUUGCGACUGGAGCAAACUUCAAAUAUUUUUUCAACCUGCUAACAGUGUAGAGUGGCUACCUGCACAUUGUGCAGACAUCUGCAUGCUUGUACAGUUUGUAAUUUGUUGCUUGGUGCAGUUGAUUUACUAUUCAAGUAAGAGGAUCUGGAAGAAUAUUGUCUCAUCUGGUCAUGCAACUCUGUCUUCAUUUGGUGAACACACUUCACUGUUGCUGAAAUAUCCUGUGUGUGUCAGUUGCGUUUGCAUAACAAAUGUAUUGUAACACUUGCUAUAGGAUGGCAGAAAUGCAAAGGACCAAUUUUAAUCUUUUGCUGGUAUACAAAUAAACAUACACCCAUGAACUUUA